CUUCUUCUCCCCACAACCACCUCUCAGAAUUCAAAGAUUCAAACUCUCUCAAUCAGAAAUGGAAAACCACACCAAAAUAAAUUUAAUUCCUUUCUUUUAAGCAGUUUGUGAUACCAAAAGAUUCAUACUUUGAACGGGCUCGUUUUGCAUGGGAAUUCAAAUUUCCAUGCUUUGCAACCACCUGUCAGUCAAAUUCACACAUUUCUCAUUUCUUCACUCACAUCUUUGAUUCCUCGUCUUCUUCCGUAAACACGACUAUAAAUCUCUUCUGGGUUGUGUGCAAUAUCGUGAUUGAGCUGUUUUUUGAAGGACUGAUCGGUUAUAGUUCGAGCUAGCCGAGCGAGCUACCGAGAAAUUAGUUAACGUGGCAUACGACGAGAAGACAAGGAGCUCACCGGUGGCCGCAGCAGUGAUGGAGAUAGAAGCAGGCAAGCCCUCCGGGGUUGUGGCCGGAGGGCUGAGCCCUCUGAGUGAGACUCUGUGGAGGGAGAAGCCAGGUUUGGAGAUUGUUGGGGAUGUGUCUGCCAGGCUGACGUGGAAAGAUCUGACGGUGAUGGUGACUCUGAACAACGGCGAGACGCAGAAGGUUUUGGAGGGUUUGACUGGUUAUGCUGAGCCUGGAACUUUUACGGCUCUCAUGGGGCCUUCUGGUUCUGGAAAAUCGACUUUGCUUGAUGCUCUCUCCAGUCGGUUGGCCGCCAAUGCUUUCCUUUCUGGGACUAUACUUCUCAAUGGCCGCAAACGGAAGCUCUCUUUUGGCACUGCUGCCUAUGUAACCCAAGAUGACAACUUGAUUGGAACUUUAACGGUACGAGAAACAAUUUCGUAUUCGGCAAGACUGAGGCUGCCGGAUAAGAUGGCUUGGUCGGAAAAGAGGGCACUGAUUGAGAGUACAAUCAUAGAGAUGGGUCUGCAGGAUUGCGCCGACACUGUUAUCGGAAAUUGGCAUUUGCGUGGGAUCAGUGGGGGAGAGAAGAGAAGAGUCAGCAUUGCUCUUGAAAUCUUGACGAGGCCUAGACUUCUCUUCCUUGAUGAGCCAACAAGUGGACUUGAUAGUGCUUCGGCGUUUUUCGUGACUCAGACAUUACGUGCCCUGGCACGAGACGGAAGGACUGUUAUAGCCUCAAUUCACCAGCCUAGUAGUGAAGUCUUUGAACUGUUUGAUCAACUGUACUUGCUUUCUAGUGGCAAAACUGUCUAUUUUGGUCAGGCGGCGGAUGCAUACGAGUUCUUUGCACAAUCCGGCUUUCCCUGCCCUGCUUUGAGGAACCCAUCUGAUCAUUUUCUUAGAUGCAUAAACUCCGACUUCGACAAAGUAAAGGCCACACUCAAAGGGUCCAUGAAACUCAGGUUUGAGGCAAGUGAUGAUCCGUUGGAGAAGAUGACCACUGCUGAAGCUAUAAGAGUUCUGAUUAAUUCCUAUCGUUCUUCUCAAUACUCGUACGCAGCUAGAGAAAAAGUUGAGGAGAUAUCAAAAGUUAAAGGAACUGUGCUAGAUUCUGGAGGAAGUCAGGCUAGUUUUUUUAUGCAGGCCUUCCAAUUGACCAAGCGUUCAUUUAUCAACAUGUCAAGGGACUUUGGAUACUACUGGCUCAGGCUUGUCAUUUACAUUGUCGUCACAGUUUGUAUCGGAACCAUCUAUUUGAAUGUGGGAACGGGUUACAGUUCGAUUCUGGCAAGGGGUUCAUGUGCAUCUUUCGUCUUCGGUUUUGUCACGUUCAUGUCAAUUGGCGGGUUUCCUUCUUUCAUAGAGGAUAUGAAGGUUUUCCAAAGAGAGAGGCUGAAUGGCCACUACGGCGUUACUGCAUUUGUGAUCAGCAACACAUUCUCUGCAAUGCCAUUCCUGAUACUUAUUACCUUUCUUGCCGGUACUGUUUGUUACUUCAUGGUCCGGCUCCACCCGGGCUUCGAGCAUUAUCUCUUCUUUGUGUUGUGCCUUUAUGCAAGUGUCACCGUCGUUGAGAGCUUGAUGAUGGCGAUAGCCAGCGUUGUCCCCAACUUCCUCAUGGGCAUUAUCAUAGGGGCUGGAAUUCAGGGUAUCUUCAUGCUAGUCUCCGGGUACUUCAGGCUUCCAAAUGACAUCCCAAAACUCGUCUGGCGUUAUCCUAUGUCAUACAUCAGCUUCCACUUCUGGGCCUUACAGGGACAAUAUCAGAACGACCUGAGCGGCUUAUUGUUCGACAACGACACACCGGAUCAUCUUCCCAAGAUACCCGGCGAGUACAUCCUGGAAAAUGUGUUCCAGAUUAACACCGCGAGAUCAAAAUGGAUAGACCUGAGUGUGAUCUUGAGCAUGAUUGUUGUGUACCGGAUCAUCUUCUUUAUCAUGAUCAAGUUCAGCGAGGACGUGACGCCGUGGAUUCGAGGUUACAUGGCUAGGAGGAGGAUGCAACAGAAGAAUGGAAACCAAAACACAACAGUUGCUCCUGAUGGUCUCACCCAGUCACCUUCUUUGAGGAACUAUGCAAGAAGGUAGACUCAGACCUCUCUGAGAAGAGUUCCACAAAAUUAUAAAGCACUUGAGGGACUUUGAAUUUAAAGUUUGUAGUAUGUUAUGUAAUUUAUGAGCAUUAGCAUAUGUUCUGAUGCUUGGUUUCCGAAGAGUGCUGAUAAAUCUACCCCACCUAUUUUUCUUCCCACCGCUUUUUAAUAAUUUUAAUACUAAUUUUAUCUUAUUGUAAAAGGAUAUCUAAGGACCAAAGCAAUAAAAAAGAAAAAGAAAAAUUCUCUUU